AUGAAUAAAAUAACACAUCAAAUAAGUACGUAGCCCUGGUUCGCAUUUGAAAACAGCAGAGGAUACUUUUUUUCAGUGGUUUUUCGCGACCCCUUUUCUCCGUACCUGGACGAGGCUCUCCAUUGACUGACAUGGACGUCGUGAUAGUUACCUCGCGCAGCCCUAUUACGUAGUCCCCUGGAUGAAGAUUCCCAUACUCAUCGACCGAUUUUAUUUUCUUUUGUAAAAGCGCAAUGGAGUGGUUUUUCGCGAAGGCUUCCGCGACGAAGCGGGAAAAGGACAUUCCGAACCUGGAAACAUUGCAGGCGCUGGUGAACGAAGAAGUGGAGCAAUUCGUUGUUGCCGACCCCAGUGGAGGACCACUCGCAGGCACGACCGCAAACACCGAGGGCCAAAGCCCUUUCAUUGAUGCACUCGACCAGGUCGAAUGGUCGGCCAAGGACGCGUUGGCGGGACAGCACCUGGCUGAGGUGAUGGUGCCCGCGCUGCUGCGCCUGCACGACUGUCCGAGAUUCCAGCUGCCCGUGCGAACGAAGUACUGGCCCCAGCUCCUCCGGAAAAGUGACAAGGCGAAAGAGAUUAUCUUUCUGCUCGAGCAGCAAAUGCUGCCCUCUGCGAACAGCGAGACCGGAACCGGUGGCGCCCUGGGGCGGAGGACCUGGGAGACGAAAGGGCUGAUCGCGGAAUCCUUGGUGCGACAGAUUCGCGUACUCCCGGCAACGCGCUUCCGUUCACGGAUCGUGUGCAAUUCGCUACCCCACACGUUUUUGCUGUUCAAACACGCAAGUGUUUCGACGACACUGAAGUAUCUCGCGAGACCUGCAUUCCAGCUCGCGCGGAACCUCGUGCUCACGCCAGACGGGAGGGAGCUGCAGCAGGAGCAGGGAGCCCACGAGGACGUUUUACCAGAGACGAUGGCCACCGAGGCGAUUUCGACCUUUGUCUUCGCCCUGUUUGAGAAGAUUUUUAUGGCGAGUUGUGGCGAAGAUAAGGAGUCACGACCCGUGCUCUCGUGUUUUGGGAAAACGCUAAGGGGCGAGGCAGACUUCCCCGAAUGUCCGCUGGUAGAGGACACGGGGGAAGGGGAACAGCAGCACACUGCAGCAUGCGAAGACGUGCUGCAGUCGAGCCGCACGGGCGAGACCGAGGCCGAGAUGCAACUGUCGACACGACAGCAGAUGGAUUACCUGUGUCGCGCCGCUGCGUGCUUGUCCUUCAGUAACCGGCCCAGCAUUGCUCCUCGCCGGACAACUCAGAGUGGGCCCGAGCACGAAGUUUCCCCGUUGGGGUUGGCCAGCUUCGUGUACUUUGCCGAAUGCAGUUCGCUGGUGUGGGGUCGCAAAAAUCAGAGCACGACAUCCGUUGUCACUUCCGCCCCUUCCCCCGAGACAGCCUCCUCCGGCACAAGCAAAGCAACGACCGCUGACUCACUACAGCCACUGGAUCCCCCACCGCCCAGUGAUAAGCACGGAUCGGUUUUAUCUUCGGCACGUGCGAAUAUCAAAAACGGUAGCGUAGAGGUAGACGGAAAAUGCGGUCCCUACCUCCCCUGUGUGUGGAGCCAUGCGACUCGAUACGACUAUCUGCGGUGCGCCACCGAAGCGUUGCUUGUGCAUCGCAAGUUCGCAGCCGCCUUUCAUCUGUGGGACAGCCUCCUCCGACCCCUGCUGAAGGUGGUCAUGUGCGACACUCCGCCUCCGUCGGGGCACCUGUCAUUGCUGCCGCCAGCGUUUUACCUCGAGUUUCUGAAGGCACUUGCUACGGCGGUCCCCGAAGACCACGGCGAGCCGAAGCGAAAGAUAAGUGCGGCGACGACCGGGGCUCCUUUGGUUUUGCAGGAGCCGGCCCUCCUCCAGUCCGCAGACGCGGACGUCCGCGAUGCGCAGACCCGCACGGUACUGUAUCGCGACAUGGAGAAGGCCCUCUAUGAGGUAUCAUUCAGGGCGGCCGCUAACGUGCGUCAGCAGUCAACAUCCGACAAGGCGCCGAAUAGCCCGAUGGAGGCGGAGCUGGUCGGCCUGGAGACUCGCUGGGAUCAGUAUUUCAGGCCGGUGGUGCAGUACUGCCUCAAGCCGAGCGCUCACCAGCAAGUGCUGCCACCUGUGCUAAGCUCCGUGAAGGCCGAGUUCUGGGACUGCCUUGCGAAGAUGGAGAUAACGCACAAAGAUCUUGGUACGCAGGGAGAUGAAAAACUCUGCACAGGGACUAGUUGCAACUCCGUGGAUGCCGAGAUUGCCCGAGUCGAACGGAUCAAGAACAACCAACAAGCGAGACUAGCGGCGGUAUUUGAGAGCGUGCUGCGCGCGUUGCUGGAAGGGGAUGAUUCCUUCUUGGGAUCAGAUUUUUCGCUUGUGGAUGCGAGUGAGGUGCUAACGUACGCGCUAAACCUGCUGCGGUUGUGGUAUUCGAACCGAUGCCGAGAUUUUUUCGUCGCGAUAGAGGUCAAGAGUUUCGAUCGCUUCUUGAACAAGAUCGGGCAAAAAAUCGAUUUAGAGCGGACCUUGGCGCAGGCGGACCAGUCGAGGCUAUUCCCCUUGGAGCGGGUGGCUUUUCUGCUGAACGAGGUCCGGGAACUGCAAAAAAAGAUCCCUGGUACUGCCUGAGAUGCACUGCCGCGAACGCCAAAAAAUGACAUGAAAAAAGCGACAUCUCUAUUCUUGAAGUUGCCAAGCGCAUCUAAGUACC